AGACAAUCUUUAGCCCCAUACUGGUCCCUUUGAUCUAUACUGAUAUAGGGCGUCCCGCAAGACGACCAAAUCUUCCUUUUUGCCAAGUGAUAAUGGUGACCAUUUAAUAAGUCCACAUGCCCACGCGGCUGGAACCGCCGCCUCCAUGUCGCCGUCUUCUUCCUCUUGCCUGAUCUCAACCGUGCUCCCAACAUGGACAUUGAGAGCGCGCCUUCUUCACCCACGAGGCAUGGAGCAAAUAACACCACGACCACGGAGAAGAACGCGCUAGGGGCCGAAACAACUAGAGAAUCGUCAAAGCAUGGUGGCCAUCCAGCUUCUCUGCAAGAAGAGGAUGUCCUCGAAUACCGCUCUCGUCACAAGUACAUGAUCUCACGACCACGAGCCCUUCAAUAUACCUAUAAAUCACAAGUCUACACUUCCGAAGGCGAUCUCACCGAACAAUCUGGCGAAGAGGCUGCUAAAGAGGCAGGCAUCGACAAAGCCAGGGAGCGUCUUGAUCUGUUCAUUGACCUGAUCUGGGUUGGCAUUAUCAGCAACCUUUCCGAAGUCUUUUCCUCGGACGCCUUUGGGUCGGAAGGUGCAAGUUCUUCAAAAGCAUUCUUGUUCUUUGCCGUCGUCUUUCUUCCCAGCUGGCGUGUCUGGAAUGGCAUCCGUGAAAUCCUCAACAAUUAUUACAUGGACGACGUGUUACAACGCACCUACAUUUUCCUACUGCUCGUUUUGUCAAUUUUCUUUGGCAAUAACCUAGCCUACAUCACAGAGUUUCCCGAGCGAGCAAAGAUUCUGACCAUCUCACUGUAUCUCUUCAUCCGAUCUAGUCUGGUUCUCAUCGAAUGUGUCUACGCCAUCUUCAUCCCCUGGCUGCGACGACUGGUCUUGUUGACGUCUCUUCUUUACCUACCAAGCAUCGGACUGUGGACUGCGGGCAUUUAUCUCGAUGGUGCCAAAGCACUAGGCCCCAUUUUUGCUGCUGUAGUCAUGGACUAUACCGUCCCCAUCAUCCUAGACUCCACCAAGACAAGAGACGCGCUUCUCUCUGGAUAUGGCAAGGCCAUAGAUCCUCACCACUUCACCUCUCGAAUGGGAAGCUUCUUCAUCAUCACCCUUGGCGAAGGUGUCUUGCAACUCGUCAAAGACGGGCCACUUGGUAUUGGAGUCACCCGAACAUGUGGACUCGCUGUUUGGAGUCUGUGUAUAUAUUUCCUUCUUGCCCAGAUCUAUUUCAACCGGGACGGCAGUCGCGUAUAUAUUCCGGCCGUGCUCCAGAAGGGCUGGAGGACAUGGCUGUGGUUGACGUACCACAUUCCGACUUUCAUGUCGACACUUACCUUGUCCGCUGGCAUUAUGUUUAUUAUCCAGCAAAGCGCGGCCAAAUUCGACGCGGAAACCGGAGAUUCUGACACGGAGACCCUAUCAGAAGAGGAAAUCAUACAAUUGACUCGAAACGCCAUCUGGACAGUCUCCAUCUCAUUAGCGAUUGUUAUGAUGGCUAUGUUUGGCAUGGCCCUACUCAACCAACCUCGAGACCAGGCCAAAAGCUUGCGCGUCAAUAACCGCUACCUGCGGUUGGCUGGGCGGCCAUUGUACGCUGUGAUCGUCCUUGCCAUCGCCAGCGACAAAAACAUUGGCACCGAGACGUACUUGGGAACGUGCUCGUUACUAAUGGUAUGUUUGUCUAUUUGGGAAUACUCUGCGUCAAUGGAGAAAACGGGAGGCUUCCUUGAGCGUAAGAAGUCGCCGUCAUCGAGCAGAGUGACCAGCCAUGAAUGAUUGGAGCUAUGGCCCCGGGAGAACAACUCUAGCCAAUACAAUGUGAACAUUUGACCUGAAAAGCCUCGCAGUCGAUAGAUCGCAUGACUUGACAGGUUCUUCAUCAGGAGAAUGAGCCGUCUAAAUGCUCCUUUUACCGAACAAUAUCCGCUCAUGAGCUUUGGGUUGGAUGUAGUGUGCUUAACUAUCAGAGUGGUUGAAAUCAGAUGCAAGGUGUGCGGUGAGAAAUCCAGACCAUGAUAGAUCUCUUGAGAUCCCAGCGCGUGGCUUAGCAAGGUGGC